AACUGUUUUUUUUACAAAACCGAAUUAUGUUUUUACACUGUCAGAAAAGUUUAAAUUUUACACAUUGUGCCUUUUUUAACAGUUUCACUGUGGUGCUUAUUUACUGCCAAUUUUAUUCAGCAAUCAGCAUCUCUAGACAAUAAAAACACUAACUUUGUAAUGUUUUUUUGCUGUUCAGGUGCCUAGGUUAUAUGUUCCAUCAUUUGUAUGUUUUAUUUGAUUCCAUGGAGAAAGUAAUAUGCCUUCAGUCUCACAUUUACUAUGCAGGUUCUCAUCUGGAAGUUAUCCCAAAAUAAUAUAUCUGCAAUCUGCUGCCAUCAGCCUCAAAUGCAAAUUAAGUGACAACCACAAGGAAGUAGUUGAAACAUUUGAGGGGAAAGAAAACUGCGAUGCUUUAAAUGAACUAUGCUUAAGAUAUUAUAAAAAAGUUGCUUUGUCAAGAGCACACUAUAUUAACCGUCAAAUGAUUUUUCAAAACAUUAAAAAAUACCUCAAGAAGACUUUUCAUCCUUCACUAACAUUAAAGUUAUUUGGUUCAUCUGUCAAUGGGUUUGGUUCAAAAGAUUCCGACGUUGAUGUGUGUUUGUCUAAUUUACCAAAUACAAAGCAAAAUAAACAGAGGAAACAUUUUGAACAAAUUGUGAGAUGUCUAAAAAAGUGUAAGCAGUUUAAUGACGUUGAAUACAUUCAUUCUCGCGUUCCAAUCAUAAAAUGCAUUCACAAGAAAAGCAGUUUACAUUUCGAAUUCUCAUUGAACAAUGAAUGGCCGAUCUACAAUUCCAAAUUACUUCAUCGCUAUUCAAAGAUAGAUGAAAGAUGUCUGGUGCUUGUACAUCUUAUUAAGUACUUGGUGAAACAGUGUAAUGUGGUUGGUCCAUUCCAUGGCUAUAUGUCUUCUUAUGCUUACACAAUUAUGGUACUGUUCUAUCUUCAGCAAAUAGACACACCAGUGCUCCCAGUUUUACAAGAACUUAAAGCAAAUGAUACAAAAGCACAAGUACAGAUGGUAGAUGGUUACAGCACUUAUUAUUUCAAGCAAUCGAAUCAGGAGUUGAAAUCCAUUUGGCCAAAGUUCAACCAAAAUAGGAUGAGCUGUGGUGAACUAUGGAUGGGAAUGCUUCAUUUUUACACCAACACUGAUGACUUUAUUAACGGUAACUGUGUCAUAACAAUUCGCCAACAUGGAUUUUUAUCGUCGAAAGAGAAAAUAUAUCAACAGUACCCAAGUUUAUCUAGGCUGUGGCACAAAGGUCGUUUUCGGAUUGAGGAUCCAUUUGAGCUACACAGGAACCUUGGUUCCAGUUUAAAUUCAAAAACUUUGCCUUUAAUUGUUAAAGUUUUUAAAGAAUCAUUGAAAAGGUGUCAAUCUUUAACUCAUGAAAUAUGUGAGGAAGAAGAUUGGAGUCCUACAUUGUUAUUGCCAACCAAUAGAAUAUCUUCACUGUAACAUUUUUUAAUAAAAUGAGAAAAAAAAA